AUGCCGCUCGAGCGCAGGUCGCCGUCCGUACACAACCGCUUGAUGGGCACUAGAAUCCCUCACCCCUCAUCCACCAAUUUUCAUGACGGCGACGACGAAUUUCCCACCCCGCCUGCGAAGCGGCUAAGAGCCACCGUAUCCGCCGCUACUGUUACCACGAGCCCGAAGCGCGAGUCUCCGGGCAAGUCAACGCAGAAGCGGAAGAUCAAAGAAGAGGUUGCAGACUCGGAAGAAGAGCGGGAAGGAAACGUCUUCUCUGAACAGGCCGACCCUCCACGGGCGACACAGUUGGAGGCUACUCUGCCCCCGGUCAAGACAGACGAAGAAGCCAUCGAGGCCUAUGAGGCUUACAAGGCAAGUGAAUACGUACAUGACGACCAAGACCGCCGCGAUGAAGACACGACCUUGUCAAGGCUCGAAUCUCGCUCCUGGAUUCGAGGACGCAGCUCGAUUUACGUGGACGCCUUCAACCUCGCUCUGGACACGGUCCUCGACGAGGAAGAGCAUCUCUUCGACGAAGCCGAGUUGAGGCUAUUUGGUCUCUGGAGAGAACUCAGCUAUGAAGCGCAAUACCUUUACGUGCGGCUGUUUCUACGCAAGACCAGCAAAUGGUUCCGCGUCAAAGACCUGCAGUACUACAGCGAUGUUGCAGACAUGGAGGCGGCCGUGGCCGAGUUGCAGAAGGAAAGACCUUUACCUCCCGUUGACGAGAAGCCCAGUGUCCACCCUGGUGAAUUGGAACCCCCCGAAGGCACGGUUCUGGGCGAAACAUUUACCUUUGCCGAAUGUUCGUCAGAACACAUCAAAACGCUGGAUGAGGCCAGCAGUCUAUUGCUUUUGGACGAAUUGAAAACUCUGGCGAAGGAGGCAAAGGUGCAAGGCAAGAACAAGCGAGAACUCUUGCACAACUUCCGCCGUACCAGUGGCAGACAAGCUGGGUUGGGGUUCAAAGAACUCAGGCGCACGGAGACGCAGGAGUCGGGAAGUGCGAUGUCCGAGGACAAUCACUCGACAUACGAUGAUGAGGACGAAGAGGAAAGCAGUGGGCUGAGCACGCCAAACACCUCAACAAGUGCGAAUCGAGAUGCUCACUUCACGAAGAAAAUCCUCGAUCGGACAGGUCGUUGCGUCCGACUUUCUCUCACGCCGCUGAAGCUUUUCGAGCGGGUACAUCUUGUCUUCUACCGUAGCACGGAAUGGACGGAGAAGAGCUUGACGACGUUGAUUCUGGCCAAGAUAUCCCGUCGCAAUUUCCCUGAGUAUAUUGUCAGUCGGUCGACCACCAUUUUCGAGUCUCGUGCUCGUCUCCUCGAAUUCGAAGCCAGUCUGCGCACCCAGUUUCGCGUCGACAACAUCCUCGAGUUUAACGGGACACCGGGCCGAAAGGCUCUAGAGGAAGUGAAAGACAUCUUCGAGGCCGUGUAUCCGCGGUGGAAAGCCCUGCUAGCAGAGGAACAGAGGAAAGAGGACCGCAUCUACGAGAGUGGUGAGGGUGCUUAUCUGCGUCGCUUCAGCCCUGCGUGGGUGUAUACGCGCAUUGUGCACAAGGCUCUUCAGCCUCUCGCUCGGUUCAAAGAGCAUCUUCGUGAGCACGGGCUGUUGAACGAGCUACUGGGACAACGACUCUUUCACGCAGCGAGGAGAGGAGCAUGGUACCAACGCAGAGCGCUGUUGGAAGAACACUACAUGCACGCUCUCAUGCCUGACGAAGGCCGAUCGUUCGAGGCCAAUAAAAAGUAUUGGAAGCGUGUCGCCUUGAAGACUUGUGAGCUGGGUCUUCAAGACAAAGAAUGCCACGUCAUCUACCACUACGACCUGCAGAAGCGGGUGAAGAAAUUGGAAAAGCAAUUGCGUGUGCCCCUUCGAGAACAGCAUGACUUUGGGCAUGUGAGGCUCGGCAAAGCUGUGGAGAGGGAUGUCGUGGGCAUCAAAAUCGAGCAAGGCCGCGAGGACACACCGUCACGCACUCUCGCUCUCAGCAGGAAGAACAGCGUCAACACGGCCGUGGAGAGCGAUGUAGCAGCCACUAGCAGCACCAAACGCGCCUCUCUUUCCAAUCAGCAAAGCAAUCCAGCUCUGGGAGGCAAGACAGUCUGGCUUGACCACUUGGACACCAACCUUCCUGUGUCCGUUGAAUCAAUGUGUCUCUCCCACUAUCGCCACGUACUGGGCUACAAAGGCUACCACUCCGAGGGCGGCAUCCUGCGGACCAUCUUCGGCCUUGUGUUUUACGACAUCCUCUUCUUCAACCCGUACAUCCCCAAUGUCUUUCAAACGUCCUACCAGACCUGCCCGCUCGAUCUCCACACGGACAGUUUCUUCUCGGCCCGCAUGCCCGAGAUUUUGGCGAGGAUCAAUCAGAUCUCCAACGGCGAGGCCGUGGACAUUGUCCGGCGGGUGUGGGACCAAGAGUACGAGAGACGGACGUGCAUCGUCGGCGUGAGGUGGGACGAGUUUGAAAAGGACGACCUCUUGGAGUUGGUGGGUUGUUGGGAGGGCCAGGCGCUGGGGACCGUCAUGCUGGUCAUGGCGCAGGAGUAUCAGAGCCGGGGCGGCGGCGUGCCGGACCUGGUGCUGUGGAAGGUUCACCAGGGCCGGACUCACACUGAUACUCAUGCCCACGCCCAUCCUCAUACCCAGGUUAACCAACCCGGACGACAAGCAAAGGGACAGAUCCUCUUCGCCGAAGUCAAGUCCGCCAACGACCGGCUCAGCGACACGCAGAGGCUCUGGAUCAGCGUCCUGCUCUCGGCCGGGGUGGAGGUCGAGCUGUGCCACGCCGUUGCCGGCGAGAUCAGGUCCGCAUGA